AUUUGAUAAGAACAGCCAUAAAGGCAGAGUUCUUUUUGAAACUUGGCAGCCAUGAUAGCAAUAAUUUUCUCUGUUUUCUUAAUUGCCACACUGGUUCUUGCUAGGUUCUUAUACAAAUCAUGGUUGUAUCCAAUUUCCCUACAGUAUUUCAUGAAUUCACAGGGAAUCAAAGGUCCACGUUACGAGUUUCGCAAUGGAAAUUGCAGAGCAACUUUAGAAAUGCAAUUGAAAUGCAAUAAUGCUCCCAUGGAUAUAUCACAUGACAUAUUCCCUAGAUUGCAGCCACAUUUCCACUCAUGGAUCAAACUAUAUGGAAGUACUUUUCUUUACUGGGUGAAUAGUAGUCAACCACAAUUAAUUGUAAGUGAUGUUGAGUUGAUCAAAGAUAUUUUUACCAACAAACAAGGUACAUUUGGGAAGGCUAAAUUUGAUGGCAUCCUGAAGAAAUUCGUCGGGGAUGGAAGUGUUUUUCAAGAAGGUCACAAAUGGUUAAAACUUCGGAAAGUGGCUGACAAUGUUUUCCAUGCCCAAAGCUUGAAGGAUAUGUUGCCAGCAAUGGUUGGAAGAGUCGAAGCAAUGUUGAAAACAUGGAAAUCUUAUGAAGGUAAAGAACUUGAAGUGUUUGAAGAAUUCAGGCUUUUAAGCUUGGAGAUCAUCUCAAACUCUGUUUUCGGAAGCGAUUACUCAACUGGGAAACAUAUAUUCACUAUGCUGGACAAUAUAGCUUAUAUAAGUUCAAUGAGCUAUGGAAAGAAUCAGAAUCCUAUUAUCGAUAAAUUUUUCAGGUCAUCCGACGAGAUAGAAGCAGACAAAAUCCUUGAAGAACUCAGUGACUCGUUCGCAGGAAUCAUAAAGAAAAGAGAAGAUAGAGUUAAGGCACGACAAUCAGACAAUUUUGGAGAUGAUUUUCUUGGAUCGCUCUUGGAGGGUCGCUUUAAUGCUGAUCAAAUAGCAAGAAUUUCUGUGGAUGAAAUCAUAGAAGAAUGCAAAUCAUUCUAUUUUGCUGGACAUAAAACAGUGACCAGUUUGCUAAGUUGGAGUGUUCUACUCUUAGCAAUCAACCCGGAUUGGCAAGAGAAAGCAAGAGAGGAAGUUUUUGAAACUGUUGGGCAAGAAAAUCCAAAGGCAGAAAGCAUUUCAAGGCUAAAAAUUGUGGGCAUGAUAAUAAAUGAGGCACUAAGGCUUUAUCCACCAUUUCUUCUUCUACAAAGAGAUGUUACAAAAAAUACAAGAUUGGGAAAACUAAGAAUUCCAGCAGGAAUUGAAGUGAUUAUAGCAACUUUAGCAGUUCAUCACAACAGUGAAGUAUGGGGAGAAGAAGCUCAUCUUUUCAAGCCAGAGAGAUUUGCUGAUGGUGUGUCUAAAGCAGCAAGGGAUCAAGUUAUGGCCUUCCUAUCAUUUGGUUAUGGUCUUCGAAAAUGUGUUGGAUACAAUUUCGCCACAAUGGAAGUGAAAAUAGCACUGUCGAUGAUCUUGCGGCGUUACAGGCUCACUGUUUCACCAAAUUAUAAUCACUAUCCGAUUCCGAUGUUUACCCUCCGUCCUAAAGAUGGAAUUCAAAUCAUUCUUCAUCCACUGUAAGCAAAUUUUUAAGUAUGAUCAUGCUUAAUUAAUAAAAUUCCAGUGAACUUGACCUUAA